AUGCUCACAGUGACAUUGGUACGUCCAUUCAAUAUCCGGGAGACUCUUCUAACAUCGCCGAUGGUGUACGCGCAGAUUAGACAUGGAGAGUCCACGCACAACGUGCUAGCUCUGUGGUCGGGCUGCACGGAAUGUCCUCUCACAGAAAGAGGGACGCAGCAAGCACGCGCCGUAGGCGCAUACUUCGCAAAUACACAAUUCACCAAGAUCUACGCGUCUCCUUUACCCCGCGCACGGGACACAGCCCAAGCGGUACUAGACGCGCAGCCCACGCCCAAGCCUCCUCAUGAUUUCACCAUCACCCAGAUCAGAGAACAAAGUUUUGGAGCCGCAGAAGGGCAUCAAACGUGCAUACGGGAGCCAGGCAAGACGCUCGAAGCCCACUUUGCAGAGGACAAGUACCCGAUUUUAUAUGAAAGCGAGAAACACGUGGCGUUUCCUGGUGGAGAGUCGGUGGAGGAUCUGACCAGGAGGGCUGAGAGGGCAGUGAAAGAGGUUGUGCUUCCUCAUGUGGUGAAUGUUACGAGGUCUGGGAGGGACGAACAUAUCGCACUUGUGAGUCAUGGGUUGUGUAUUGCGCAAGUGGUGAGCGCAAUUGUGAGAUUGGGUGGGGGAACAUGGAAGCGAAAAGGACCCAUGGUUAAUACGGCUUGGGUGAGGGUAGAGGUGCGGAUUCAGGGUGGAAUGCCCGUGGAAGUCGCAGACGACGAGGUUCCUCCGGUAGAAGUGACAGUGACGGACGAGGCCAGAGCGGAUCACCUUGAAGGCCUUCUCGACGGAGGCCCACUUCUUGGCAUAAAAGCGAUUAUGGGUGGAGGAGUGGUGGAUGCAAAGAGCCCAAAUGAGGCGGAGGCUAUCGCGCAGACGUCUGCGUCACAGCUGCAGCCUGGAUUAAUGUUGCAACAUGCACUCGUUAACAUGGUGGACUUUGCUAUGCACAUGAUCGGUACCACCUCAUUAUUUCCCGGUAUCCAACAUCCCGCACUUCCCAAGUUGAAGUUCCUGGACGUACCGUUGAAGCUUCGAAGCUUGCUCGGCUGGAUUCGAAUAAAAAAGGAAAUCAAAACGGUGUCGUUGACAUGCAGUGCCUGGAAUUGGUUCAUGUCAUAUUCUCACUUCCUACAGGCUAACCUAGUAGCAGACAAAAUUCUAGUUUCUGUGUUCGGAUCCUUGAUUGUCAUGCAGGGAGGAUACUCAUACAUCCGCACGUUAAUCUCCUGGCUGAGGCUCACUGUCAAGACAACCGCAUUCAAGUCGUACAGAACUCUCCUCUCUGUUCUCCUGCGGAUGAUUCGACACUGUCAAUUCGUCCUUAAUGGAAAGGAGAGAUCUCUUCGGGAACAGAGUCUAGCAUUGAGCUCUCAGCUAGUGACCAACCAAGAUGGGUUGACGGCUUCUGUGACCCUCGCCGUGCCGCGGUUACCUGAAGCAGCUGUAACAAACAUUCAAUUUCCAACUCCCGAGCUCAACCAAGGACCGGAUGGCACGGCGUCUGGACAAUCCUUUGAUAUCAUUCUUACUCCCAUUGUGCCUGAACCACAGGUCAGCCGAUACGAGAGGAAUGUACAUGUUCAAGACAAGGAUGAGUCAUUUGAGAUUAAGAAAGGUCCUUUGGACUGUUCCGAGGAGCUUGCUGUGGUAGCAGGGUGGGAGCCGCUCACGCACCCUGAAGGGGCUUUGUUCUUCUACCACCUAUAUAAAAGAGUUUUCACUGACGCUAAUGUUCGAAACCCUGAAACGGCUGUAAGGAUAGGCAAAGCUGUUGAGAAAGCAUACGAAGAAGCGCGCAACGCAAACAUCUUCUUGCACCCAUCCAUCGAGCUAGUGUUGGAGCUCAUAGAGAAGGAUAGCGAAGAGUGUGGCUACUAUUUUGUUGAUCACGAGAAGCGUGUCAUUUUCUGGUUUCAAGACCACAAAUCCGAUGUGCUCAUGUGUAACAUUCGCGGUGUAGAGCGCAAAAGUCAUGUCACUCCCUUGUACCUCCUGCGAUUUACAUAUCACGGAUCCGACAGGAGACACGUCGAACUAUUUCCAAACAAACGCUCCCUUCCGAAAGAUGUUGUCAUGGAACUCAAAGAAAUUGUCAUGCAUGCUCACGCAGAAAAUAUCACUUCUGAGACCUGCCUGGCCCCUUUUGCUGCGGAUGAGGUUGCAAGUAUGCUCAGCCUUGUGGAUCUUCUCACGAACAGUGAUACCAAUGACAGUACUCACAAGGCGCGUGAGCAUUCAGUGUGGAUCGUCGCUCGAUUGAUGAGACUUUUCUGCAACGCCAAGUUUGUGAAUUUUUGUGGGCAACCAGGUGCUCGACUGAACGUAGACCAAUCAUUAUACCGAGAAUCCAUCACCCGCUCGAGAAGGAUUUUUCUUCGUCUCAUGAAUGUAAUGCUGUUUGGAUCCCCUGAUGCCCAGAGCAAGGCUCUUCACAGGAUAUGGGUCGACGAUACCAUCGUUCAGCCACGGUGGAAGAAUUUUAUUGAUAGGCUCACUACUGAAUGGAAUGGGUAUACAAUAUUCUCUACUGUGAUGCUUGCUGUUGAUAUCAGCUUUCUUGGGGUCUCAUUUGUCCAGACUCAAACGUCUGCGAUCAUUCUAACAUAUCUGUCUACCCUCUGCGCUAUGGGCUCGUUACUGGUCUCACUGAUCUUGGCUGGACAAGUUAAUGACAGCCGGCGAGGCUCUGCCGAAGCCGUGGCCUCUUUCAUGGUAGGAAUGUCGCAUUCUAUGCUCGGCCUUGAGAGCCUUGCCCUCAUGCUCAGCCUACCGUUUGCUCUUUUGAUUUGGGGAAUGGUGUUCUUUGCUGUAGCAUUGUCCACCUUGAUCUUCCGCACAUCUGGCGUUGUCGCAGUCUCGAUUACAUCUCCGGUUUGGGCCGCCGUAUUCAUCCUUGUAACGUGGCCUGUACUGGCUGCCAAUGAUAUUCACAUCUCUCGCUUGAGAUCCUGGAUCAUAGAACAUGUGUCUAUUACUGAUUCGUCUGCAGUUGCCACCCCGUCUCUUGUCUAG